UUUCUUUCAUUCCUCGUCAUUCAUUUCCAUCGUCACUCCUCAUCACUUUUUUUUUAUUACUUUUUCUUUGACUAUUUCUUCCAGACUAUCCCAUUCUUAUUACUCCUUGCAUAUUAAUACAUUGUAAACUUACGCGCACCUUUAAUAUCGCAUUAUCAUUUACUCCUUCAACCUAUCGCUCAUCAAGUACAAGUAAUUAAAAGAGAGGAAAAAGAAAGACAUCCAAUGGCGCCUGUUCAGAGCUCUGGCAAUUCUGGGCAUAUUCUGGAGCCUACGAAGGAGCAGGUUACUACCCUCUGGAUUAUUGGAGGAUAUAUGGUUGGCAUUUUACUUUUAUGGCAAAUGCCGAUCUUGAAGCACCUUCUAUACCCGUUCAAGUUGGUGACGAUCGGACUACAUGAAUUCGGACACGCGUGUAUGGCCUGUGUCAGCGGAGGAAAAGUCAAGUCGAUCACAGUGGAUCCUAAUCUGGGAGGGUUGACAACGUAUGUGGGCAACAGGAGGACACAAUGUUUAGCAUUGCCUGCGGGUUAUUUAGGAAGUUCGCUAUUGGGAGGGAUCUUGGUGUUCUGUGGAUUCAAUGUGACGGCCUCUAAAGGUGCAGCGAUCAUGUUGAUUGUCUGUUUGGUCUUGACGAUGUUCUGGGCAAGGAACCUGUUGGCCUUUGGAAUCAGUCUAUUCUUUGCAGGCAUCGUGGGAUUCUUGUGGUGGUUGGAUGGUGGAAGAUAUCUAAAGUAUUUCACACUUUUCCUUGGGGUUAUGAGCUGCAUUUACAGUAUACUGGAGAUCUUGGAUAUGCUAGUGUUGAGAAAGUCGAAUGGAUCGGAUGCAGAGCAGUUUGCAGAAAAGUACGGGAUCUUUCCUGCACAGGGAUGGGGUUUUAUUUGGUUGCUGAUCUCGCUGAUCUUCCUCGUGGGUGCAGUCCUUGCAGGUCUAGCAGCAUUCAAGGAUGAUGGCACAGGAGGCACCUCGGGCGGUGCUUCAAACUCCGGAACAAACUAAAAAAUUGAGACUAUCAAGACCCUUUUCUUACUAUUGUAUACUUUCUAUACCUUCUUGCGAGUGUCUUUUUUAUUUUGUAGAUAUUUAUAUACAGUAAAUACACAUGCAACCAAGAACGAAAUAAAAAAAAAAAGAAUAAACAGA